AUUCCAAGUUAGACUCACAUCAAACCCCUAAACCAAAUCAACCAUGGCUGUUUUCGGUAACAAUGUCUUCCGAGGCAAGAAAGAACAAGAAGCUUAUGAUCGGACAUUUGCUGGAAAAUAUCAGAAAUUAAUCAAAAAAAAUUCAUUUUUAUAUUUUGGAUUGCCAUUUAUGCUUUCAAUUGUUGCUGGAUCAAUAUAUUUACAGAAGUUUACUGCUAUUAAAUGGGAGAAAUAUGAUGAAAAGUAUAGACAAUUGAGUGAAGAGGAAAUGUUGAGUAUGGUUGAAAAUAAACGUGUGUUUGAUAAAAAGGAUGACUUUUAUAGAUUACAAGGGUUGUUAAGUGAACAUCAAGAAGAAGUACUGAAUCAUGAUUAUGAGAUUGUGCGAGUAAAGAGAAGAGAAGAGGAUGAGCCUGUUUGGCCAAAACUGAAGUAAGUUCAAUAGUAUUUUGAAGGAACUUUUAUAAUGAUUCACGAUUUGUACAUAGUAGCUGUAUAUAGCAUUUACAUAGGAUAAUAUCACUUCAGUGUGUACCAUUGUAAAUACCAAAUUCAAUUUCUUAAAGUGUAUGAAUUAAGUCGGUGUACAAGGGGAGGGCAGUCUCGAGCGAUAUUUGGGGUAAAAACUCAUCGUAAAAAGAAAUUUUGAAAAUUUAUUUCUCUUUUGUUAUCACCAAGUAAGCAACCAUGGUUUCGUUUUCAUGUGAAGUUUGUAAUGAUACCAUUACCAAGAAGAAGUUAGAUCAACACGCUCAAAGAUGUUACGGUGCCUAUUUCACCUGUAUUGAUUGUUCCACUACUUUUGAAGGUACUAGUUAUAGAAACCACACUAGUUGUAUUAGUGAAGCUGAAAAGUAUGAAAAGGCAUUAUAUAGAGGUCCUAAGAAGAAGAACCAACAAAUAAAGGAACAACCAAAGGAACAACCAAAGAAACAACCAAAGGAACAACCAAAGGAACAACCAAAGAAGGAAAAGUCACCAAAGGAAGAAUCACCAUUCACCGGCCUCAAGGAAAACAAGAAUGAAAAUUUAUACAAAAUUUUAAAGAAAGCUUCUAAAGAUGAUUCAAAAAAACUCAAGGAAAUCUUGAAAUCAAUCAAGGUGGUUAAAUCUGAUGGUAAAAUUAUAAUACAAUAGACUAUAUAUUUAUUUCUUUUUAUGAAGUGCCCUACCAACUUUACUAUAGAACUGGGCUAAUGUAUCAAUAGGAAAUAAUAAUUUUUCACACAAGUAAUCUGGUAAUAUUCGUUUAAGAAAUCUGGCAUUCUCAACUAUAUCAACUUCAUCAUCCCCAUGGUCAAAUUCAUUUUCUAAAGCAUCCAAAAAGGUAGGAACAUAAUUCACUUGCGCUGUUGCCUCAAACUCUUUUGAUAUAAUUAACUGAUAUGUUAUAAACAAAGGAGGACUUGAUUGUUUAACAUCGAAAUACAACAUCAGAUCAUCUUCUUGGAAGUUAACAACUCUAACCCCAGCAAGUAAUUCUAUCAUAUCUAAAGUGAUGGAAAUGUUUUCUAAUUCCUUUGUUAAAGUUAUGUCAUUCAUAGGUUGUCGCUUUCGAAUUGGUGAUUCAAAUGUAAGUUCAGCCUCGCCCGAUUGGGAUUGUUUAAGCUGGGAUAUUUCGUCCAAGAGUUUAUCUAUAGUGUCGUUCUUUCUCCGUAACUCUAAUUGUAGUUCCUGUAUUAACAUGUGGUCAUUCUCCAAUUGUGAUUGCAUUUUGGUUUGAUAUUUAGUAAAUAUCUCAUCUUGCUUAGUAUUAGUCAAGUCGUUUAUCAAUUCUAUUAAAUCUUCAGAAUCUGUGGUGGUUAGAAUAUCUUGUUCUGUUAUUAUUGAUAUCGGACCUUUGGCACGUUUGGAAGAAGGACGGCUUGGUGUGUUACUAGCAGGUUUCUUUUUAUUUGGAGUAGCACUAGGUGUAUCAUCAUCAGGUUCAACUGCAGAUACACGUUCGGAUAUCCUUGAAGAUACUCUUCGACUGUUUUCAGGAGACUUCUGGUUAGACUUUGUAACUGAUUUUGUCCUUGGUUUUGGAGGCAUCCUGGUGGUGUUUGUUGUGGGUGCUUCUUGCAAUGUGUUGAUGUUU